AUGACUACCACCACUACAAUCACUUUCUACGACAUUCACGCAAAUGUAGAUCCUGUACCAACUAUGUCGCCCAGCACCCUUCGCGUCAGAUACGCUCUGAACUUGAAGGGCAUUGCAUUCAAAACCGUAUGGGUUGAGUUCCCAGACAUAGAACAAGUCUGUAAAGGACUCGGCGUUGCGCCAACUGGGAAGAGUCGAGACGGGAAGCCUCGGUACACGUUGCCUGCUAUCAAGGAUGUUUCUACAGGGAUCGCGCUCUCCGACGGAGCCGAAAUAAUCGAGUAUCUGGACAAAGCGUAUCCCAACACGCCCACACUCCUGCCUCGAGAUACCAUUGCUUUGCAACUCGCGACCUACAGCGCUCUAGUGCCCCGCUUUCUUGCAAUUUAUCCGCUGUACGCAGCGCGCGCUGUGCGGUUGUUCAACCCCGGCACCCAGCGCUGGUGGCGCGAGACAAGAGCGGUGCUGUUCGGUAAGUCACUGGAAGAGGCAGAGCCGAGGGGCGAGGAGAAGACGAAGGCGCUGAAUAAAUUCAUAGCGGAUUUUGGGGAGGUGUAUCAGUGGAUGAGUCGAGGCGACGGAUCGUUCUCAACGGGUGAUCGAACGGUGUCUUUCGUCGAGUUGACGCUGGCGGGCAUGCUUAACUCAUUGAAGAUAGUAUUUGGGGAGGAUAGCGAAGAGUGGCAGAAGAUUGCUUCGUGGAACAACGCCAGUUGGCUACCGUUCCUCGCGAAGUAUGAGCAAUAUCAUAAGGCUGCCGGUUAA